UGAGGCCGGGCCCGAACGCUCGCGCGCGCUCCCUGCGCUCCCCUACCGCUGUUGGGCGCGCGGCGGGAGGUGCGACUCCGCCGCGUCCGAGGGCAGCGCUGCUUCAGCCGUCGCUGCCGCCGCCGCCGCUGCAGGGGCCUGGAGCCCCGCCUCCGGGGACCGGCCGUCCGCAGGUCUCUCCUCUACACCCCGCGGCCCCAACCCCAUGCCUGGGAUGAAAUUUAGCGGCAAGGAAGAAAUUUACUGGUCCAGGCGGCGUCUGUGGAAUGAGACUAAGCCAAGAGCCAGGCCCUCCCUUUAGGUUCUUGGGCCAGCAGGAUGUUGGAGCGAGAAGCGGAGUCCACGGCCAAGGCCACCGAUCCUAGUCUUACUACUGGCAAAGAACUAGUGACCAAAGGAGGUGAGAACAGCCACGUCUGUGGAGCGGGGUGGAGGGGAGGACAUUCUCCAGGAAUCUCAGGGCCCCCACCCCCGCCCCCGCACCGCUGCCCCGAUUGUGACAAGGCCUUCUCCUACCCAUCCAAGCUGGCCACACACCGGCUGGCACACGGUGGCGCCCGUCCCCACCCGUGCCCCGACUGCCCCAAGGCCUUCUCCUACCCCUCCAAGCUGGCAGCUCACCGCCUCACGCACAGCGGCGCUCGCCCGCACCCGUGCCCACACUGCCCGAAGGCCUUCGGGCACCGUUCCAAGCUGGCAGCCCACCUCUGGACCCACGCGCCCGCCCGUCCCUACCCGUGCCCAGACUGCUCCAAGUCCUUCUGCUACCCCUCCAAGCUGGCAGCCCAUCGCCACACGCACCAUGCCACUGAUGCCCGCCCCUAUCCUUGCCCACACUGCCCCAAGGCUUUUUCAUUCCCCUCCAAACUGGCCGCCCAUCGCCUAUGUCACGACCCCCCCACCGUGCCCGGCGGCCAGUCGACGGCCAGGCAUCGCUGCUCCAGCUGCAGCCAGGUCUUCGGCCAGAGACGCCUCCUGCUCCUUCACCAACGCAGCCACCACCAAGCUGAGAACCAGGGUGAGCGGGAGUGAGCCCUCUCCUUGGCUCACUGGCCCCCCCUGCCUCCAGGCCCGAUCAAUAAAGAGGUGGCAUUCUUAAACCAGG